AUGUCUCUCGCUUACCUCGUGGUUUUCGUUUCCGUAACGGUAUGCGCGUCGACGCCGACGGCUGAAAAUCUCGUAAACACAGAAGUGAUAGAAUAUUUGCAGAGGUACGGUUACCUAAACGAGGCAGAUGUAACCACUCACACGUCGAUCGAGGAUGAAAAAAUUAAAGAGGCUAUCGCAUUAUUUCAAGAAUACUAUCAAAUACCAGGUAACGCGGAUGCGAAUACAUUGAAACUCGCGACAUACGCAUUCUCAAUAUGGGCGGCGAACACGUCUCUAACAUUCGAACGUAAAACGUUAAAUCCAGAUAUUUUGAUAUCAUAUCGCGGAGGAACUCACACAUACAUCGACAACAGACGCAAGGAAACGAUCUGUUCCGGUUUGUUCGACGGACCCGGUGGAGUGCUCGCACACGCGUUUCCACCUAUGAACGACCCCAUGCAAAGCACUGAGAUACACGUAGACGUAGCGGAACCUUGGCUUAUACAAUUAAACGAAAGUAUAUCAGAAAACAAACUACAUUUACUUUACACAUUAACGCACGAAAUCGGACAUUCAUUAGGAUUAUCGCACAAUCAUCGCGCAGAUUCUCUAAUGUUUCCUUACGUCACCGAUAAAUCCGCUACACUCAGUAUAGAGGACAUUUUAGCUAUUCAACGUCUAUAUGGAAAAAAUCAAAAUGAAGUACCGAGUACACGAUCUCCACCGGUAACUACAGACACGCGUAAAACAUCAACGCAAAAUCUGUGCGAUCUACCAUACGUGGACAAUGUACUGGUGUUGAAACAUCACAUAUUCGUCACUUAUCGAAAGAGCAUAUGGGUGAUAGCCAUCAAUGGUAAAAGGUACAAGGGACCACUCGCGCUCAACGACUAUCUUCGUUUUCUUCCGGCGAACGUUUCAAUAAACCCCGUGUAUCAACGGCCAUCAGAAGAAAUUGUGGUGUUCGCGAAUAAUAAAAUUUACAUGGUAGAUUAUCCGAGUUUUCAAUUGAAAAAUGGUUGGCCGAAAACGUAUUCCGACUUGAACUUUCCCGCAGAAAUGCGCGUUAACGCAGCAUUAGUCACCAACCGAGGACAAACGUACGUGAUCUUCGAUGGCGACAGCGUAGCGUUAAUGAAUGAAUGCGACAUGACUAUUCGCGAAUAUCACUCGUUAAAAGCGAUAUUUCCGGGAAUACCAUCAUCUCCGACUGCAGCCUACCGAUAUAUCGACGGUUCUCUUCAUUUCCUACAAAAACGUCAAUAUUACAAAUUCAACGAGUUCACCCAAACAGUAACGAAUGCCGAUAAUUUCAACAUGAAAAUACUCAACGUAAAUUGUCCUACAGACGGACUGCUAAGACAAUUGCAAGAUCUUCUUAAUCGACUGCUUCAAUCAAAUAAUUUACUCGAAUACACCGCAGAGGAUGCAUUGGACGAUUAG